CAAAGAACUAGACGGGGGGGCGAAAAACGUUGACCGAUGCAUGAUUGUGAGGAGAAGAAGGUCAAUUGGAAACCUGCAACGGCCGAUGUAUAUGGUGUGAAAUCAAUCAGACAUCGCCAUGGCAGCUUCUAUCCAGGUAUCGGUGAAAGCAUCCAAUGUCUGCUUGUCCUGCCGGGUCCGGAAACAAAAAUGCGAUCGGGCUCUCCCGAAAUGCUCUCGAUGUGCUGCGAAGUUAAAACACUGCGAUUAUACCGUACACACCAACCUCUCAUGCCAUGCAUACAACGACCAGCCCGUUGAGGCUCUCAUACAGCGUCGUCCUUCUGGAUAUGACCUGUCUUGGCGAAGCUCAGCCGGUUUGCUUCAGGCGGUAUAUGAAAUUCAACAGUCCAGCUUCAUAAAUCUAGUAUAUCGCAUUUUAGACCUUACCGGAGUCACCGUUCCUCACCUUAUUCAGGACUACUUCGUCAAAAUCCAUCCAUGGUUUCCAGUGCUCGGAAGGAACUUAUUACAGGAAAGUUGUUCCACCUUGUCUAUAGGUUCGAAACCGUCGUCACUGUUACGUCUUCUGGCCAUCCUUCUCGUUACUCGUCACCCCUGUGGUCCAGAAGAACAUCCCACUACAAGCGUGUUAUACACGACUCUCAAACAACUUGUGGUGACUUCAAGGCCGGUUGCAGAUUCGUGCUGUGAUCUUCUCCAAUGCAAUCUCCUGAUUGCCCUAUAUGAGUACGGGCAAGGAUUGACCAACGAGGCAUUUCUGACACUAGGCUCGAGCGUCGCACUGCAGAAGUUGGCCUCUUCUUUCAUGAGACAGAUAAGGUCCAGUGAGGCAUAUAUCCCAGAUAUUAGUCACUACGAAAAUAUAAUCUUGAUACUGGACAGGACGAUAUCUUGGUCUGGCUUGGACCACCCAACUCCCCUCAAUUGCUAUCCACAAGAAUCCACUGAUGAGGGCUUCCAAUUUGAUUUACCCUCUCUAAACAGGACUUUGUCAAUGUCUUUGGAUGACACACUCAAAAGGCUUCAGUUGACUUGCCAAGUUGCAUUGACAACUGGGCAAGCAUUUCAGUACCUCUAUGAAGUCAAAGACGGCAACAAUUUAUCAACCGAACUUGAUGUUCACGUCCGCAGGGUAGAAAAUAUGGUAGCGGCCUUGAUGAGAGAGAAGCAGAGUCAUUCAUGGAUGUUUUGCGACGGCAUUGCCAUGGGUUUGAGCUGCCUUCUAGCUCUUCACCAGACUGUGGUCAAGCAGGCAAACGCCCCCUUGGGCUCUCAGGAGCACUUGGCUCUGCGGUCAUCACAGCGCAUGGCUUGGGAGAUAUGCAAAGUUUCCAUGGAAAUGAUCAAUCCGUCCAGUGUGUCGCAAUUGUCAUUUGUUGGGAUGUGCUAUGUCUUUCGAGCUGCUGUAGUCCUAUCGGACUCGUUAGGGCUUGAUGUGGUAGUGGAAGACUUGGAGGAAUUAUUGCCAACACUUCGCUGCUUCAGCGAGAGAUGGGCUGUUGGAGUUGAAUAUCUAAGGCAUAUUGAAUUGUCUGGUAAAUAGUUAAUGAAAUAAGAUAUCUCUACGCCCUACCUUUAAAGGCGAUAUUUAGAAGUAUCUAUUAAAUCUAUUAAUAUGGUUUAAUAUGUGUUAACUUUAUCGUACCUUAAUAAAAGCUGUUAUCAAUCUCAUCAUAGAGUCACUGAGUUAGAAAUAAUAAUAAUAUAGUUCAAUUCAAAA